GUUUUGUUUGAGCAGUGAAGGUGGAUAAUCCUACAGUAGGUUAUGUGUACGGUUUCAAAAAUGCUUUUGAUUCAAAACUUUUUACAGAAUACAUGAAACUGCAAUGCGACCGUGAUGUGAAAAACAACGUGCAGUGGACAAAUCUUUGCUAGCAGCUAGAUGGUGUUGGGUCUUAAUUCUAACCAUGGCUUACCUGGCCCAUGCAGCCCAUUUGCCAUUCUUGGGUCUGAUAUUUGGUUUUGUAGGAUUGAUAAUCACAGCGUGCCUUUCAGGAGUGAAUGACUGGAGAAUAUGGUAUUUGGAUGAUCAAUCUAUCGUCAGCGGAGGAUUGGCCUGGGUGGGCGUAUGGAGAGCCUGUUUCUACAGCCAUGUUUUGGACUCAUCUGAAUUCUGCAAAAGCAUCAGUCUUACAGACUCCUUCACUCCUCCAGAAAUAGCAGCUGCCCAGGUACUCUGCAUGACUGCUGUUGGUGUGGGUGUGGUGGCGAACCUGGUGGCUGGAUAUGCAGUGAGAAAUGCUUACUUUGGGGUCGACAGUGGGCGUGUCAGACUGGCCUUUGUGACGGCGGGUUGCUUAUUUUGGCUUACUGCUGCGUGUUCAUUGGUUCCUGUCCUCUGGAACAUGAGUUCUGUGCUUGCAAAUCUCACUAUAGACUUCCCCCCAGACUUCUACCUGCCCCCGGCUCCAAUAAAACAGGAAGUGGGCCCGGGGAUUGGCAUUGGGAUCUGCUCAUCUCUGUUGCUCAUAGUGAGUGGGCUUUUCUUCAUGUGCUAUAAGGAUCCUGUCAAAACCAAGACUGAUAAGAGUAGACCAAAGGAACAUUUGAAAAACAUAAAUGUCAGGGCUGAAAGCUCUCUGGAUACAAUUAAAGAGAGUGGAGAUGAGGGACUGAUCAACCCAGCCUUUGAGAUCGAGAAGAACAUUUAAUGUUGAAGAGCAUAACUCACUGGAAUGACAUAAAUAUUUUAAACGCAAAUCUUGAAGAACAUUGACCAACUCUUGUGUUUUAAGACUAUACAUAUUUAAGCAUAACUAAAGUCCUUAAAGUCAUUUUAAAGGGUUAUGGAUAGUAUACACUGUGAAUAUUUUCGUAAAAAAUGGGUAAAUAAUGAAUAAUAUAUUCAAUCUGUUGUCACAGUGUUUCCUAACCAGAGGACCAGGGCCCACUAGGGGGCCCCACUGUGAUCUAAAAUAAUUUAAAAUGUAACAAAACCAGAGUUAAAAUCGCCUUCAACAAAUCAAAAUAUUUCUAGAAUUUUGUUAGGAACGGACAUAUUUUACAGUUAUGCCAUCGUGGAAUAUUUUAUUUGCUGAAUAGAAAUAGUAAGGUGGCGGGUAAAUGCAUGCAGUUUAAAGGGAUAAAUCACCCAAAACUGAAAGUUUUGUAGUUAAUUUAUUUUUAUCACCUUCUUGUCAUUUCAAACCUGUAUGGUUUAUCUUUCUUCACAGAACACAAGAAGAUAUUUUUGAAGUAAGUUUGUAACCGAACGCCGGCUGCACCCAUUCACUUCUAUUGUAUGGACAAAAAACCAAUGCAUGUCAAUGGGUGCCGAUGCUGUUCAGUUACCAACAUUCGUCAAAAUAUCAGAAGAAAAUCAUACAGGAUUAAAAUGACAAAAGGGUGAAUUAAUGAUGACAGAAUUUUCAUUUUUGGGUGAACCAUCACUUUACCACUGCAAACAUAAAAACUCAUGUCAGCUUGUUAUUUUUUUAAAAGUAGUAUAGAUAAUACUAUGUAUAAGAAAUUGUUUUUUAAUAGAAUAUACAUAUUAAAAUAUAUUGCCAAAAAUGACUAACACCAUGUCCGCACUGUGAUGCAAUGUCGCAACAAGAAAAUUUAUUUUUUCAGUAUUUAGAUUCAGUUAUCUAGAGCCGUGACGGCAAUAUGCAACAAGCUACGCAGCACGUUGCGUUACUUGCGCCAUGUCACAGUGAACACGGUGUAAGAGUUACUCCUGAGAAAAGGUAUUGCGUAAUUUGUAGAAGCCAUUUUAUUUGUUCUAUUUUAACAAAGAAAGUUGUGACAUUAGUAAGUUUCAAUUGCCCAUCUUGGGCCAAAAUUCAUUUUACCUGCCAUUAAACUUUAUUAGCACUAAAUGACCCUAGACUCAGCUGAUUAAGAGUGGAUCUUUGAACGGGGACAAGGGGCUUUUGCUUACAGAGGAAAUAACCCCUGCCACGGUUGAAAUGAACUUUACUGUUAUUCCUCAGCUUGACACUUGGCCUUAUUACUGUUUUUUAACACCCCCCACAGUCUUUCAGUUUGUUGUUUGCCAACAUUUAAUCUUAUUAAAAUCAAACAUUAAUUUUGACAAAUCCCACUAAAUAUAAUAUGAUUUUCCCUUGUUAUAAAACCACAUAAUCCUCCUGAUUAUACGACAAAGGGAAGUCACUCCUUUCCAAUUAAGGCAAAUUUUGUUUUCUGUGUCGGUUCACUGGUCUGUCAAGUUCCCCCUGCAACCUGAUGAUUGAUUUAAAAACUCACAAUUCAUACCCAAGAGUUUUAAGGAUUUUAUGAAUAGUGGGUAAUUACCACCGGCCAGUUUGCCUGCCAGGAUGGACUCCGUGGACUAUUGCUGAUUGGAUGUACAUUGUUCUGAGGAAGAGGAGAAGGAAACAACCUGAGGCUCCAUACUGAGACAAACGCAUUGUCUUAUAGUGGGCAGCUAACAUAAAAACAUUACAUGUGAUUGAGAGUGGGUUGAGAUCUGAAUGAAAGACCCCUCCAUGAAUAUCAGUAUGAAACCUUCUAAAACAACAGCAUUUUGUGCUGUAUUGAAGGACACAUUCAGAUAGUGCCACAGAAGAUGGAAGAGGGGUUAAAAACAAUAAGAGCUUUAUUGUGAAUAGCCGAUUGUGUUUGUGCAUUUUAUCUGAGAUGUCUGACACCAACACUUUUCAUACUAUGACACAUGGCAUGAUAAGACAAAACUGUACACAAGGGUGAAGGCCAGUAGCAUUUUUUCAGUUCAGCUGUAAAGCAUAUUGCAUAAGUAAAUACACUGGAAAUAUACUAUUUAGAUGUAAAAAUAAUGCAAAUGUAUAAAUGUUUAUAAAACUUCUAUUUCAAGUUAGCAUUAAUCUAACUAUUAUCCUAUUAAUUGUCAUUAAGUGAUAUGUUGUUUAUGUAAUAAGUCAGUAUAUUAAAAAUGAGCCAAUACUAUUAACUAUUUUUUAGAGUUCAUUGUUUUGUUCUCAAAGAAUUUUAUUGUCACUCCAAGAAUAAAUGUCUUUGUUCUGAUGAACACAGAGAAAGAUAUUUGGAAGAAUGCUUGUAAUCAAACACUUCUCGGCCACUACCAUAGUAGGAAAAAUUACAAUGGUAUUCGAAAGUGCCCCAGACCUGUUUGCUUCUACAUUCUUCAAAAUUUCUUCUUUUGUGUUCAACAGAACAAAGACAAAUAUAAAGCAAUUUUUCCUGCUAUGGUAGUCAAUUGUAGCCAAUAACUGUUUGGUUAAAAGUAUUCUUCCAAAAAAAGUUUUUGUGUAUAUCAGAACAAAGAAAUUUGUACAGAUUUGGAACAACUUGAGAGUCUGUAAAUGAAGACAGAAUUUUCAUUUUUGGAUUGUUUAAAUGUAUGAAUUUAUUACAGAUUAUGGGAUCAGAUCAUAUAUUGUUUCUGUACAGUCUGUGCGUUUGUUUGCAUCUGUCUUAAAGGUUUGAUAAAAACAAUAAAAUUAUAA